CUUAUAUAUAAAUUGUAAGUUAAAACUUAAUAUUUCUUCAUUUGAUUUUUAAGAUCAUUUGAGAGAGAGAGAGUUUCGGAAACAUUCCAAAAUCUAGAAGUCGAAUUUUUUUUUUCACCAAAUAAAAUAGGAAUGAUAGAAACAAGAAGUAUCUUUUUAUAAAAAACUCUUAUUCCACCCCCAAAAAUAAAAUGUCUCACUCUUUUUUGCCUUAAAAUUUCUUUCUUUUUACAAAACCCAAAUCUAAAUACAAAUUCGCACUAAAAUAGCAAAAAAAAAAAAAGAAGAAAUCAGUCUCUUUGACAUUUUGUCGAACACUUGGACGGCAUAACAAAAAAAAAAAAAAAAAAAGGUUCAACCUUUGAGAUUAGCAAUGGCGGAUUCGUUUUCCGACAAGGAGAAGAAGGAGAGUAGUAAGCAGCCGGUGUAUCGUGGAGUCCGUAUGAGGAGCUGGGGAAAAUGGGUAUCGGAGAUUCGUGAGCCGAGGAAGAAAUCGAGAAUCUGGCUCGGGACUUUUCCGACGGCGGAGAUGGCUAUGCGCGCUCACGACGUCGCGGCUAUGAGCAUCAAAGGAACCUCAGCCAUUCUCAAUUUCCCUGAGCUCUCUGAUUUUUUGCCCCGACCCGUUUCGCUCAGCCCUCGUGACGUCAGAGCUGCGGCGACCAAAGCCGCUUUCAUGGACUUCGAUACGACGCCGCUUCGUUCCGAGACUAACAAAAGGUCGGGUACUGGGGAAACGACGUCGAAUAAGAGGUCGGAGAGUAGUAGUAGUAGUGUGAGCAGCGAAACGGUGUCGUUCUCUGUGACGAGCAUUGAGGAGAGUGCAGUCUCGGACGACCUUGACGAGAUCGUUGAGUUACCGAGUCUAGGCACCACGAGUUUAAACGAGUCAAACGAGUUCGUGGUUUUUGACUCGUUGGAAGAGUUAGUGUACAUGCCUCUUUGGUUAAGCGGUACGGAUACAGAUGACUUUACGUGUAACAACAAUGCUUCUUCUUCUUCUUCGUUGAACUCAUCAGUUUUCGAAUCUUGGAAACACUUUCCCUGAAAAAGUAAUAUGUUCUCUGGUUUUUUUUUUUUUGUGGGGGUUUGUUUAGUUUUUGAUGGGAGUCUCUGUGUUUUUGCGUUGCGUGAGAUAUCUCUUUAAUUAAGAUGAUGAUGAUGAUGUUUGUGGAAUUAGAUAACUUUUUUUUUGAUGUUCUUCUUCUUCUCUUCGUACUCGUAAUCCGGUUAUGGGAAUGUAAGUGUGUAUAUUUUGUUAUGGGUUUAGCCGGAAAUAAUGUGACAGUAACCAUCUAGUUUUCAAUUUUGCAAGAUGGUUAGAUUCUCAAUUUACACCAAAACAUGUUGUCUGGUU